AUGUGCUUCUUGUUUUGUAGGGAGAGCCAUUGUGAGAUUGAGAGGCGGAGAAGGAACAAGAUGACAGCCUAUAUAAAUGAACUUUGUGAUAUGGUACCCACAUGCAGCACCCUGGCACGCAAGCCUGACAAGCUGACAAUUCUACGCAUGGCUGUGUCACAUAUGAAAACAUUACGGGGUACAGGCAACACAAGCAGUGAUGGUUCCUACAGACCUUCUUUCCUCACAGACCAGGAGCUGAAGCAUCUAAUUUUAGAGGCAGCUGAUGGAUUCUUGUUUGUGGUUCAGUGUGAUACUGGAAGAAUUAUCUAUGUAUCCGACUCAAUCACCCCAGUUUUGAACCAGAGCCAGGCAGAUCUGUUUAGCACAACUUUAUAUGACCUCACCCACCCUGAUGAUGUUGAGAAAGUCAGAGAACAACUCUCCACCUCAGAAUCACAGAACACUGGCAGGAUCUUGGAUCUCAAAACUGGAACUGUCAAAAAGGAGGGUCAUCAAUCUUCUAUUCGCCUCUGCAUGGGCUCUCGACGUGGCUUUAUAUGUCGACUGCGUAUGGGUAAUAUUCAGCCUGAUCCAAUGAUUGCUAACCAUACAGUUCGCAUGCGACAGAGAAACACACUUGGUCCUGCUUCCGACGGGAAGCAUUAUGCUGUUGUACAUGUGACAGGAUACGUAAAAAACUGGCCACCAUCUGCUGGCAUACAGCUGGAUCGCAGUGAUUCCGAUGAACAUGGGUCCAGCCAUUGCUGUCUUGUUGCCAUAGGCCGCCUGCAGGUCACCAAUACCCCCAACUGCAGUGACAUCAUGGGCCCCAACCCCCCGAAUGAAUUCAUCUCGCGGCACAGCAUUGAUGGGAAAUUUACCUUUGUUGAUCAAAGAGUGACUCCAGUUCUGGGCUAUCAGCCGCAGGAGCUGCUGGGGAAAAUUGCCUUUGAGUUCUACCAUUCUGAAGAUCAGACUCACAUGAAGGAAACAUUUGAACAAGUGCUAAAACUUAAGGGUCAGGUGAUGUCAAUCAUGUAUCGAUUCCGUGCAUCCAAUCGGGAGUGGGUGUGGCUUCGUACCAGCAGUUUCAGCUUCCAAAAUCCGUACACAGACGAGGUUGAAUACAUUGUCUGUACAAAUACCUUGGUCAACUCUCAACAAGGUCAGAUGGCAGCCAUUCAUAACCCUGCAGAUCAAGCAGCAGACGCCGCCAUGUCAAACAUUCCAUCCUACUCGACCGCAACCAGAUCCAUGCAUGCGGACACAUUAGGCCUGGGAGGAACUGCAAGUGCCAGCAAGUCAUUAGAAUAUAGCCCAGACAUGUACCACAUGGGGCAGCGGUCAGCCAUGCAGCAGGACAUCUACUCUGGGUACCAGACAUCUGGAGGCAUGAAGUACCCCAUUCACCCAGCCGGGACACCCUCACAGGCCAUGACUGAUAUGGGAAUGAGGAGGAGUCCCGCCCAGAGCGCUGGCGGAAGCUGGUCCCACCAGGGUGCCUAUGGCAGGACUGAUACUAGUGCAGAUUAUGCCGCGUCUGCUCACUACAAUACUGUCAGCCCAGUCAGUAACAACGCAGGCACAAUGUGGUCUCAGCAGUGGGGGGCAGCGGAUGCUUCAUCACAACAGCAACAUCCCCAGCAGCAUCCCCAGCAGCAAGAGGAAUUCAGCGAUAUGUUUGGUAUGCUGGGUCAACCGACUGCAGAAUUCACUGACCUUUCCGGAAUGUUUACUAAUUUCACAGAAUAA